AUGGAUACUGAGAAGAGACUCUAUGAAGCUGCAGUUAAAGGAGAUGUUAGAGUUUUACAAGAAUUACUUCAACAAGAUGCUUUAAUUCUUGAUAGACUUACCUUAACUUGCUUCAAUGAAACACCUUUGCACAUAGCAGCACUGCGUGGUCAUAUCGAGUUUGUGAGGUUAAUUCUGGCUCAAAAUCCUCAGCUUGCUGCUGAAUUGGAUUGGCGAAAGUCAUCUGCUCUUCACAUAGCUUCAGCUAAAGGUCACUUGCAUAUCGUCAAGAUGUUGUUGUUGGUAAAUCCUGAAUUGUGCCUGGUUUGUGAUCGUGAUGGUGGAAAUCCUCUCCAUCUUGCAGCUAUCAAAGGUCGAGUUGAAGUCAUCAAAGAACUUAUACAUAUGGUUCGCAUGAGGUGUGCAGUAGCUAGGGGCGAUGUUCAUGAGCCUGCAUAUAGGGCCCCAACUGGGGGGAAUGAGAUAGAGAUUGACCUUGAGGUCAGAGACGAGCUGCAGCACCAUCUCAAGCUGGUUGGGUUGGGACCAGCCCAACAGUCACCUAAGCCUGCAAAGGCACGGGGACUUCAGAUCAACAGCCAAUGCACAGCUCCUAGCAACACUUGGAGGCAUGCAGAAGGUCCUCAUGUUAGCCCAAGAUUGUUAACGAGGAUAAAAAGAUUCAACUAA